AUGGGAUCACGACAAAUUACUGAGAAGUCUCUGUCUAUGUUAAGAUCCUUACCGAGAAUAUCUCUUGGUAAUAUUCGUAACAAUCCUAAAUCCAAGCCAAAUUCAAAAAGAGGCCGCGGACAACACGGAGGUGACAAGCAUGGCGCUGGUAAUAAAGGAUCAGGCCAACGGCAAAACUAUAUGAGAUUAGGUUAUGAAACUGGAAACAAUCCAUUUUAUUUGAGGGUUCCUCAAGAACAUUAUUACAGAGGCCACCAUCUCAGGAGGGAAUAUCCACCACUGUCAUUACAUCAGCUACAGAGCAUUAUUGAUACAGAUCGCUUGGAUAUAACUAAACCCAUUGAUAUUGCAAGUAUUAUCAAGUCAGGUCUCUACAAAUUUUUCCCUGAUCAGAAGCAAUUUGGUGUCCAACUCACUGAUGAAGGAGCAGAUUUCUUUGCAGCAAAAAUAAAUAUUGAAGUUCAGUGGGCGAGUGAACAAGUAAUUGCUGCUAUUGAGAAAAAUGGUGGUGUUAUUACAACUGCUUACUACGACCCGCAUAGUUUGAUGUUACUCAAGAACCCUAAAAAGUUUUUUGAGUCAGGUCAAGCUAUACCUAGGAGGAUGAUCCCACCACCUGAUGCUAUUGAAUACUACACUAGUGCUAAAACACGUGGCUAUCUGGCUGAUCCAGAAGAAAUAUCAAAGGAAAGGCUAAAAUUGGCACAGAAAUAUGGGUAUACUUUACCUAACAUUGAAAAUGAACCAAACUACAAUAUGUUAAACGAAAGGAAAGAUCCUAGACAAAUAUUUUAUGGAUUAGAGCCCGGUUGGGUCAUAAAUUUGAAAGAAAAGUGUAUUCUUAAACCGAAAGAUCAAGAAUUGUUACAAUUCUACAGUACAUAA